AUGGCAUCAGUUCUGCGCUUUCGCUCUGUUUGGGGUGUCGACCCUGGUAACAACUACGAAAACUGGGAUAAGUGGUUCCCAACCCUGAAAGCGCAAGGCUAUUCUGGAGUUGAAAUUGACUUCGCUGGCCUGAGAGACCUGUCCACAGUCCGCCAGAUUGCUGAAAAGCACGGCCUUGAGAUCAGUGUACUUGUACACACCCAGUGGCCGAGGUACGAGGGUCCUAAGCCAGUUGGCCUCACACCUCAGGACCAUCUGCAAGGCUACAAAGAACAACUUGAGAUCGCGAAGGCCCUGAAGCCCUAUAAGGUUAACGCCCACUCUGGAGACGAUGGAUGGACAAUUGAACAGUCCGUCGAAUUCUUCUCAGGCACCUUCGCCAUAGACGCCGAACUUGGCUAUGCAGGCAAAGUCUGCCACGAGACCCAUAGAAACAGAGCCUUCUUCAGCCCCUAUGCCACUUCAGAAGUCUUGAAGAGAGUGCCAAACCUGCGCGUCACGGCCGACUUCUCCCACUUCGUCGUGGUCUGUGAACGUGUCCUCGACGUCGGCGAGGAGGACAAGGAAAUGCUCCGUACUAUUAUCCCUCGCGUGGGCCAUAUCCAUGCUCGGAUGGGGACAACUCAGUCUUCGCAAUGCCCGGCGCCAACAGACGAUGCGUUCAAGGAGGAAAGGAGAUUCUUCGAGACUGCCUGGAAGCAGAUUAUCGAUGCAACUGCUACCACUGCUGAACCUAUUACAUGGGUUCCUGAAUACGGGCCUUUCCCCUACCACCCCUUCGGUUCUCCUCAGAGCUUCUCCGACCUCGCCGAUAGCGAGGGCACUCGACUCCACCCACUUUUCGAAAGAUAUGCUCAGGCAGCUGUUGCACGCUCGUAA